CAUAUUACAAAUUUACAAUGUCAACUUGGCAUUUCUCAUUAAUGAGAAACAAUUACCAUUGCGGCUUUUAAUGGAGUGAAAUAAAGACACUUUGAAGGUCAUAUGUACUGUGUAGCUAACACCAUUAAAUUUGAGUUUGACAUCAAAAUUACAUAAAUAAUACACAUUGAAAAAGCAUUGCUAUUGCGGACUAUCCAACACUUUUUAUAAGUAUCACCCUUGUUAUUAACUAAAAUAAUUUUUUUUAAGUUAUAUGAAACUCGCUUAUUAAUUACACCAAUAAAGUUUAACUGGCACGAAAGAAGGUACUUCAUUAAUGCAUUUUAACAAUUAAACCAUAUCUCGAUCGAUCUAUUUCUCUCUCUAUAUAUAUUUAUAUUUAUGUAAACACCACCAAAUUAAAUUUAAUUUACAUCUCCAAUAAUGGCUUCCACCUCCAAUAAAGACAUAGUCACUGAGAUCCUUCCAUUCAUCCGGAUCUACAAAGACGGCACCGUAGAACGCCUCACCGAAUCUCCAUUCGUCCCACCCUCACCUUAUGACAAUCACCACCCAGAAACCGGAGUUCCAGUCACUUCCAAGGACAUCUCCAUCUCUCUCCAACCCCUGAUUGGAGCUCGCUUGUUCCUUCCAUUACUCCCAAACACCCUCAACAACAACAAACUUCCCAUCUUGGUCUACUUUCACGGCGGCGGCUUCUGCUUCGAGUCAGCCUUCUCCGCCGACCACCACCAAUUUCUCAACAGCUUAGUCUCUGAAGCCAAAAUCAUAGCCGUAUCCGUAGAGUACCGGUUAGCCCCAGAACAUCACCUUCCAAUCGCCUACGAAGAUUGCUGGACUGCCCUCCAAUGGGUGGUUUCUCUUUCAACUAACGAUCAUCAUGGUACCUCUGAGGAGCCAUGGUUGACUGAUUACGGCGAUUUCGAGCGAGUUUUUCUAGGAGGGGACAGUGCGGGAGCUAAUAUUGUUCAUAACAUAGCUAUGAGAAUUGGGAAAGAAGGGUUGUGUAAUGGGAUGAAAGCUGUGUCAGGAGCUUUUCUUACUCAUCCUUACUUUUGGGGUAGUUCUGAAGAUGAGGGUGGUGAUAAUGGUGAGAUUAGUUUGGCUCAUGUGAUUUGGAACUUUGUGUACCCUUCUGCGCCCGGUGGUGUAGAUAAUCCGAUGAUGAAUCCGGUGGCAGCGGGAUCUCCGAGCUUGGCCGGAAUCGGGUGUUCGAGGUUGCUUGUUAGUGUGGCUGAGAAAGAUUUUCUGAGAAAGAGAGGGAUAGGAUAUUAUGAGGCUGUUAAAGAGAGUGGAUGGAAUGGUGAGAUAGAGUUGGUUGAUGUAAAGGGUGAAGAUCAUGCCUUUCAGAUUUUGCAUUGGAAUACUCAAAACUCCAAGAAUCUCAUCAAACGUUUGGCUCACUUUCUACAAAAUUAAUUAAUAAUUAUGUUUUUACAUGUAUUGUUGGUAGUUGGAUUGAAACUAGGGGGACCAAGUAGGGACAUUACUAAACAGAGAAGGAUGAAUACUCUUAUCGAAUCCAGCUCUCCAAAUCUGCCUAAGGUCUUAGCUCAUAAAGUCAUUCCCAUUCAUAAACAUCUUUAAAACUUCUAUAAAUGUAAACUCUAUAUUUAAAUUUGUUUUUGUGACUACUUUGUUAUUUCUUUCAAAGAAACUACUUUGUUAUUA